GCCGCGACGGCGGCCAUGGCGGAGGGGGACUACGAGGCUGUGUUGUGCGUGAAGCCGGCGGUGCAUGUGUACCGGGUGCCGCCGCGGGCCUCCAACCGCGGCUACAGAGCCGCAGAGUGGCAGCUGGACCAGCCGGCGUGGAGUGGCAGGCUGCGGAUAACAGCCAAGGGCAAGAUCGCUUUCAUUAAGCUGGAGGACAAGACUUCAGGAGAACUUUUUGCCCAGGCUCCUGUGGACCAGUUUCCUGGCAUUGCUGUGGAGAGCGUGACAGACUCCAGCAGAUACUUCGUCAUUCGAAUUGAAGAUGGAAAUGGCCGCCGCGCUUUUAUUGGAGUUGGGUUCGUGGACCGAGGGGAUGCUUUUGACUUCAACGUGGCUCUCCAAGACCAUUUUAAGUGGGUCAGGCAGCAGAGCGAGCUGGCCAAACAGGCCGAGAACCCAGAUCAGGGACCCAAACUGGAUCUGGGCUUCAAGGAGGGGCAGACCAUCAAACUUAACAUUGCGAAUAUAAAGAAAAAGGAAGGAGCAGCAGGGAAUACCAAACCGCGUCCGGCGGGUCCCGGGGGUCUGAGCUUGCUCCCACCACCUCCUGGAGGAAAAUCUUCCACUCCUGUUCUUCCCUCUGGAGAGCAGCCGUCUUCGCUCUCUACACCAGUCCAGGCUGCGGGCCGGCCGAGCGCAGACUCUCUCUUGGCCUGGCCGCAGCCCAGCGCUGCUCCCUCGGCUGCCGCCACUGCCGACGUCUGGGGCGACUUUGCCAAAGCUUCAGGGUCAACUUCUAACCAGAAUCAGGCGAACGCAGGCUGGGUUCAGUUCUGACCCAGACAUCUCCUCUGCUUUUUCCUGCGUGGAUGCUGAGAAAGGGACCAAAGCAGGGGUGGGGAGUGCUCCUGCACCCCUCAAAGCAGAGCUCAGAGCUAACAUGCUGCUUCAGGACACUCCACUUAAGUCUCGUGGUGGCAUUUUACUUCCCUAAUCUUUCCAGGCAAGAAAUGAGACCCCAAAGCCCAGCCCUCACAUACCUCGGGAUUGAUAUGUUGAAGUAGGUGCUGGAGAGCCAAAUGAGAAUGUGCCUUAAAACAUCAUUAAGCCAGCGCCCCCGAGGCUGGGGGCCUUUUAUUCUCUACCUGAGUCACAGCAAACCUUAGAAAAAAAUCACUGCCAGGAGAGGGGAGAAGGAUGACCUGCCCCCCACUGCCUACCGCACCACGGUGAUUUCUGGGUUCCUCCUGCGAUUUUCCCUGCAUCUUCCUCCCCUUCUUUCUUACUGCCUUGCCUGACGCAGCUACAGAGAGUGACAGCUUCGUCACGACCUGAGUUCCCUUAACACCAUGUGGUUGAGAGUGCUGAAGGCAGCAUCGGAAGACUCUGACUUGCUUGCGGGCCCCCGUGCCUUUGCUCUUCAGUAGGGUCACUUUUUGCUAGCGUCCUGUGCAGCGGAGAAGGCUUAAUGUGUGCAGCAGGGGUCUGAGAGAGACUUCUCUGCUUUGAGCUGGCCUCCUGGAGGCCAUGCUUUCGGGGCUCCAGCAGGCGAAAGCUCUCCCUCUCCAGGGUGUCCUCCCAGAGACUUUCCACCUGCAAAACUUCACUUUUAACUCCUGCUUCCCAAGGUGCCUUUGCGUCAUGUAGACCCAUGUCCUGCAAAGAUGCUGAGCAUCGCCCUGAGUGUUUCUGAGCACUUAACUGAUGAUAUGAGAGGUGGGGAGCUGGACUACAAGGUUUAGAUAACUGUGUCUGAGCACAGUGCUGAAAUUCCUUGUUUCUUGUCCCAGUAAGUUUUUUUUCCUCUAUUUUGAAGAGAGAUUUUUACUUCUUUUUGCAGACAUUUUAUUAAUCUAAUGUAUAGCUAGAAGCAACGAAAGACAAAUUUGAGUUGGUCUCUUUAACAGAGCUGGGAUUGUGGUUUCUCUGUAAAAAAGAAUAUUUUCUUACCUAUUUAUAUUAAGGUAGAAGGCCUUUAACCGUAUGAAGUCCUGCUAUUUUUUAAGUGUUUUGAACUUUGUCUUUUUUAUUAUUACUAUUUCCAUUUUCAACUGGACAGUGAGCAUUUUGAUUUGAGAGUUUAAUUUUGCCCGGCAGAGAGCUUACCAAGCCAAGCAAGACAUAUAACACUGUAAAUGAAUAAUAAAAUUGUUUUGAUGUGAAA